UCUCCCGACGCUGCCUCUCGGUCACGGCGACUCUGAUGGGCGUUCUUACCCUCCUUUUACCGCCUUCGACGCUCGGAUAUUCUCGCAAGCCACGAAAUGAAGCGAAUGAAUCCACGCUGGAAGUCGCCCCCCAUGUGGCCGUCGGGAGUGGGGAGCAGGCAGCCCUGCCCGCGGGAGUCGGCGCUGCGCAGGGCGGCCGUCAGCGGCAACAUCAACGCCCUGCCGCCGCACCACGUCCCCACCGGCCGCAGCGUCCGGGUCUUCAUCUGUGCCAACCCCGACGACACAGAGGCAGAGCGGAACGCACUGAAGGAGCACGUCUACCCCAAACUACGAGACUUCUGCAGGGAGAACUAUGGGAUUGAAUUCCAGGUGAGCGGCUGCCUUUUUGCUUUGAUUUACCGUAUGGAGCGUUUCACCCUCCUGCCGCUUCCCAGACUUGGCUGCACGGUGCCGGGAGGCGCCGCCGCCCCCCACCCCCGGGCGGCACCGUGCAGAGGUUCCUGUCCCUUUAAGCGGACAGAAGGCCAGCAGAGAUAA